UUGAAGAUCUGCCUUGUAAUUGGAGAUGAGAGAUAUUCUUGAAGGACUCUAUAAUACAGAUGAUGAAAAGGGAAGACAGAAGGCUGCUUGGUGUAGCUUCUUUUUCUACCUUUUCCUCCUGCUCAGCUUCAUCAUUAGUAUUUGCGCCUCUGUGAAGUGCACGAAGAGCUAUUUGAAUAAGACUCUGUUUACGUACAAGUUCCCUAUGUACGAGAGCGCGACGGAUAUUCCUGCGGGUGUGCCCGUCUCUCUGUCUGUCCGUGGAUAUGUCCAGCGUGGAGGUGGCUUCGGUAUUUACCGCAACCUCCGUCUUGAGAAGGACGAAGAGUUCCGUCGUUUGAAGACAGAGGUCCUUCUGAAUGGAAAGGUGCUUGUUGCUGCCUACACUGGAAAGCUGCUUUUGCUCACCCUGAACGGACUUGAAUAUGAUGAGGACUUCAGCUAUGAUCUUCCUUUGGAUCGUUACAGACGCGGCAUUGAGGUCGAUCACCUGAUCAAGCUCUCUGAAUCUCGCUGCGUGGUGAUCGGAAACAACGAGAUGAUCACUGUCACCAUCCAAUCGGAGGUGAUUGGAAAGAAGGAAGUACCGACCCCUGUGUUUGGAAAGGAGCACUUCAUUUUGGAGGAGGCCGAGACUACCGCUUUCCCUCAUGUGGAUUCCUUGGAUAACACCACUGUUGCUUUCAUUUUCGAGAAGAACUACCAGCUUUGGGCCGGAACUGCCACUUGGGCUGGAGAGGGAACCGAGUCGAGAAUGGAGAAGAACAAGGUGGCUAUUGCGAAUGAGGAGUGCAUUUACAAGUUCCACGGCGUGGCUGGAAUGAGCAAGGACAAGUUCAUCAUUGCUGCUGUGGGUCAUCCUAACAAUGGAACGGAGCAGGAUCGUGUGCCUGGAGAUCUGCGUGCCAAGGUCGCCACUGUGGCGAGCGAUGGCUCUCUUACUUUCGGUGAAUGGACCACCCGCUGGUUCACGGAUAGCUCGAACUGGUUCUCGCUGGACAACUUCAAUUCUUGGCAAGCUCUGGCUUGUUAUUACGAUGGUUUUGAGGGUAAUGGUGUGGUUGCGAUUAACAUGUUCCUGGCGGAGGAUCGAUCGAAGGUGGAGUUUGGAGGCUACGUCAUGGUGGAGAACGGAGGCGCCUCGAUCGAUUAUCAGAAGAUUGAAAUGCGUAUUUUGAGCCAGGACCGCUUCGGAGUGUUCUUCCCGGAUGCUUCUGCCAACGGAAAUCUGAUCUUCAUGAUGGGAGAGCGCACUGCGAACAACGAGCUGACCCGCAUUGGAUCGAACUUUGUCGUGGCGAGACAGGCCAGACGUGCUAAGGAAGGAAACUUCUGGUUCUCGAUUGCCCCCGUGAACUCCUUCCAGUUCACUCUUUUGGACUCUUUCAAGGGCACGUUGAAUGGCGAGACCAUCACGUACUCGUCCCUUAACAUGGGAUACCACUAUGCCUAUCCUGUGGGUAUCACCACCAACCGUGGCGGAAAGGAGAAGUACAUUCAGUUCAACGGUGUGUACACAUUCGCGGCGAACAGCGAUGUGACUCUGAAGCCUGGCUACACGUACUACACUAACAGCAAGGGAGAGCUGGUCAGAGGAAGACCUUAUGGAUACAAUCAUGCUGAGUAUGGUGCGUUCUAUGUGGACACUGGAGAUGAGAUUUGCGCUCUGCACAACCAGAUUGGUAUUGCUGUAAGCGAGAAGGAGCUUCUUAUUCGUACCUACUAA